AUGUUCCGAGCAUGCGGUCACCAGAUGCCGGACGUGUUCGAUAACAUCCUCGUAUACACAAAAAUUCGCGCCACGCAAAUCGUACUCAUUUUAUCAAGGGACUUCACAUUAACAGCACACCACCGCGUCGUUUGUGGCCGUGGAUUGCGUCAUCGGAGCGUGAAGUAUGCGCGCCGCGCGGGCUCGCGAGUGUGUCCGCCGCGCGUGAGCCAGUCCACCCCGGCCACCCCCGCCGCCGCGACCGCGGUGUCCGACCACCCUGAAUCUCUU